AUGGUUGGUUUCUCUAUCAACCUCCUGGGUUUAAGAGUCGUCAUUUCCUGCAUAGGAGUUGUGGGUAAUGUAUUUCUCAUCCUCGCCAUCAUUCAGACCAAGUUCUCCCGAGUCAAAUCCUUUGGGUUGUUCCUCUUGGGACUGGCUGCUGCCAACUUGGAGGAAAUUCUCAUCGUGAACAUCUAUGAUAUUAUCAACCUCCAGACUCCCUCCGCCACCAUCGACACUUGGUCGUGCCACACAUUCAAGUUCCUGACAGUGUUUGGCGAAAUCACCAGCAUUCUCUUCACUGUCCUCAUCAGCAUCUUCCGCCAACAGAAACUGAGAGACGCCGACAGACGGGUCAACCCGAUCUACCUGGACAGCAUCAGGUCAGCCUGGAAGGUGAGCGGACUUUGUGUGAUGCUCGCCACGCUGAUGAGUCUCCCCAUUUUUGUCAUGAAGCCUCAAGGCCCUGCGGAAAACAUCACAAGAAAUAGCACCGGCUGCCCUGCAGACUUCUUUCAGUGUAGUGGAAAUUAUUGCCCCAUACUCAACCGUGUUUACAAGUACUUUUUCAUGCUGGUGUGCUACCUGCUGCCUCUGAUCAUCGUCACAGUCACCAGCUGCAUCAUCCUCUCGGCGUUGCUUAAUCAGAGGAAAACAGUAAUACCCGUGGCAAGCGUGAGCGGGUCGAGCCAGUUCGGCAGGAAGAGCAAAAUUCAGAGGCUCCAGAGAAGCACAAUAGCUGUGCUGGCAGCGAUGGGGUUGUUCCAGGUUGACUGGACUCUCUACUUGAUCUUCCAGCUGACUGUUAGCCCCACUGACUCUCCUUUUUGGGGUGAAAUUGAGUUCUUUAUCUCAACUUCCUAUACAUCUAUCAGUCCGUAUGUGUACGGGAUGGGGACUAACCUGUUCUCUCUCAAGAACUUUAUAAAGAAGUAA